AUGGAUCAAGCGCCGACUCGCAGCACAGCAAGUCCACCCGAAGUGACGGGCCCCAACACCAAGUCCUCGCCAAAGGCUACACACCCCGACUUCCUCGCCGCGCAUAGCGUUAAUGCGUCUUCUCCACCUGCAUCAACAUCGCCACUGUUGCACACCCCCCGCCCGGCCGAGACAAAAGAGCUCCAGCAUGCCCCCUUCAUCGACGAAUGCAUCAAACGCCUACAAGACGAGAAGAAGGACAGUGUGAAGCCUUCUCCGAGCUUCGACACAACAAUAGUCCGGGGUCUAGCCAACGGCAAAAUCGGCUUUGUCUCCGCGAUGCGGCUCUCCACAGUUCAGACACUCCUUGCCCGCUACGUCUCCAUGAACGAUCUCGCAGCCCUUGCCAAUGCAUGCUCGGCGAUUGGAGGUUCUCUGAACCUCGGAGAUGAGAAGAGCAGGAAGAUGUUCGAGGGGUUGGUCGAGGACGAUCGAGAGGCUCUCGAGAACUUGCGUGGGCCACGCACCAAGCGGAAGCUCGACGGUGGUGAAGAGACUGUGUACGCACCGUCAUGGCGCCCUCAGUCGCGAGAACCGAAGAGGCUCAAAGCUUUCGCCUCGGUUUCCAUACAUGACUAG